AUACAGAUGAAUCCCAAACAACGUUUCCCGACCAGUUCUGUUGUUUCCCGUGUAUCGUAAGAAUCAACGUCAUGGCACCCGGUAAAAAACGUUCUGUGGCUUGGGAUCAUUUCAACUUGAUUUCUCCAAAUAAGGUGCAAUGUUUGAUUUGCAAACAUGAAUUUGCAUUUAAUGAUAGUACAUCCUCCAUGAUGCGACAUCUCCGCUCCGUUCAUCAUGUUGAAACUCCGCAGUCGGCAAAUCAAGCCUUCAAUCCACCUUGUAUUGUGUCAAGAAAGCAAGAACUUGAUUCUGCAUUGGUGGAUAUGAUUGUAAUGGAUGCACAACCAUUUUCAAUUGUUGAAGACAAAGGCUUCAAGGCUUUUGUCAACCUUUUGGACCCAUCCUACAUAAUUCCUAAUAGGAAGGCCUUGAGGACAAUGGUGGAGGAGAAGUACAAAGCCAAAAAGGAGAAGGCUUUAGAUGUGGUUAGCAGGGCCUCUGCUGUCAGCCUUACAGCAGACAUGUGGACAUCCAUUAACAUGGACGCUUACUUGGCUGUAACAUGCCAUUUUAUCACCGAGGAGGUGGAGCUGGCCUCUGUGGUCUUGGGGGUUCUGAAGUUUCCCCAAACCCACACUGCAGCUCACUUGGCUGAGGCCAAAAAUCUUCUCAUGGAAGAAUGGGGAAUUAAAGGGAAGGUGACAGGCCUGGUUACAGACUGUGCUCCCAACAUGGUUGCAUGUGCUAAUACAUUACUGCUUCGGCACAUAAUGUGUUUUGCACAUAUGCUUAAUUUGGUGGUGAAAAAGCCCCUUGCCCAAACCCCUGAACUAGAGGAUAUCCGAAGUAAGGGGCGUAGGAUUGUCGGUCUUUUUAAAUCCAGCACCACAGCGAAGGAGAAGCUGUCAGAGAUGCAGCGACAGCUGGCCAGGCCAGAGCACAAAUUAAUACAAGAGGUGGAAACAAGAUGGAACAGCACAUUUAAUAUGUUGGAAAGGUUGUUUAAGGAGAGAGAGCCACUGGGGGCAGCUCUGGCCACCCUCCAUACAGACCUUCCUCCACUCACCGCAGAGGACUACCAGGCCAUACACCACUGCUUGAGCAUUCUUUCACCGUUUCAAGAGGCCACAGUUGAGCUUUCGACAAAAAAAUGAGUGUCAGCAUCCAAA